GAUAAGUACGAAAACACAAGCUAAAACACGUUAACACUGUGUAGAAAAUUAAGCAAAUCACAAAGAAUUAAAAAAUUUCAAGUCUUCUGCAACAAUUUGUGUUUACGGACAUCAACCACAAUGUAAUAUACGUCACAACUGACUAUGGAAAAACUUUUGAAAGGAGAGAUUUGAAUUCCACGCCUUCAGAAAUAUCUUUUCAUGAAUUAAAUCCGUCGAUUUUUGUUCUUUUUGACAAAAAUACCACAAAACAUAGGCUGUGGGUGACAGAAGAUUUCGGAAAAUCAUUCCGGAUGGUACAUGAAUUUGUUAAGGCUUUCUACUGGUUGAAAGAUGCGAAUGACGAAUACCGUAUUGUCGUGCAAAGGUCCGAACCGAAUGAUUUGAGCACAAUUCUUCAUUCGAUGAAUUUGUUCAAAAAUAGAGCGUCUCAAAUUUAUGUUUCAAACGUGAAAGAUUUCUUCAUCAAAGGAGACUAUCUUUUUAGUACAAAAUAUAAUGACAAGGGAGAGCUGCAACUAUACGUUUCUUACAAGUUAGGGGCUCAAACAUUAUGCAUCUUUGAUUCCAAAGAAAAAUUCAAAAGUUACUUCAUCGUCGAUGUGACCAAUACCAGAGCUCUUGUUGCAGCAGGCCAUUCGAACACAACAUCUCACUUAUACGUCUCAGAAAGUUUAGCUGGCAAUGGAAAACAGGUCAAAUUCACGUUGUCCCUGGAAGAUGUUUUCGUCUUUUUCCCUUUAACUACUUGGCAAGACACUUGGCUUCACCACAUGUCAGAAGAAGCAUUUGCUGAUGUUUAUAAAGUAGAAGGUCUGACAGGCAUUUACAUAGCAUCGAGAGUUAUAUCAAUACCAGUUGGUGGUCAUCUUGGACCUCAACAUUUGGGAUCAGUCAUUACUUUCGACCAUGGAGCCACUUGGAGAUUAAUUCAGCCACCGGCUUUCGAUGUAGAAGGUCAGUCGUCAGGUUGUGUAACUACGAGAAACUGUUCGUUACAUUUAAGCCAAAAAUUCAAUCAGUUAUUGCCUGAUACUAGAUCAGUGGGGAUCUUAUCUAGUAAAUCAGCACCUGGAUUUAUUAUGGCCACAGGGGUCCUAGGAAAGAAUUUGAAAAGUCACUAUGGAAUUUAUAUAAGCUUGGACGGUGGAGUAACAUGGCGUCAAACACUAAGAGAAUUAUACUUUUUCAAUAUGGGAGACCAUGGAGGUAUUCUAUCCGCUGUUAAAUACUAUAAAACAAAAGGAGAAACUCGUCAUAUUGAAUAUUCUAUAGAUGAAGGUCAAAGUUGGAAUCAAACCGAGUUCCAUAAUGAAGAAUUAAGAUUAUAUGGUUUAAUGACAGAACCAGGAGAAAAUACUACUGUUUUCACUAUGUUUGGAUCUUUACCAGAACACCACCAAUGGAUUAUCGUUAAAGUUGAUUUCACCAAAGUAUUUAAACGUAAAUGUACGAAAGAUGAUUACAAAAUGUGGUCUCCUAGCCACAGUGAAGGCCUUCGAAAUUAUAUUCCGUGUGUAAUGGGACUGCAAGUGACCUACCAAAGAAGAAUGCCAUUGGCAAAGUGUCUAAACGGCCUGGAUUACGUACAACCCAAAUCUACAGACGUAUGUGAAUGCGAUUUGCUUGAUUUUGAAUGUGAUUUUGGAUUUGUAAGAGUUGGUUCCCCACCACGAUGCAUUCGAGACAAAUCUGCCACGUCACUUGAUGUAUACAAAGUUCCAGCUCCGUGCAAACCGGGCAACUUUUACAACCGUACUAAAGGCUACCGUAAAAUCGCCGCAGAUAGUUGUGUAGGCGGUUUUGAAUCUCACUACCUUCCAGACAUAGUUCCUUGUCCUUUCCACGAAGUGGAUGAUUUUCUGCUAUUUGCUCAACGGGAAAAUAUUUCCAGAUAUAACUUAAUACGUAAGAAUUUAGAACAGUUACCGGUGCCAAACUUGAAGAAUGUAAUCGCAAUAGAUUUUGACAUGGCAGAUAAUUGCGUUUACUGGGCAGAUAUAGCCGAUGACACUAUUGGACGACAAUGUUUCGUUAACGGAAAUGCUAUAGAAAUUUUGGUGUCGAACGAUAUAUCAUCAAUCGAAGGUAUGGCUUUUGACUGGAUAUCUAAAACUUUGUAUUUCGUUGAUGGCGUCCGUGCCAAAAUUGAACUUAUUAGAACGAACAUAAAUCAUAGCGGAAGAAUGAGGAGAACUAUUUUGAAUUCGACGGUUCUGCAUAAACCGAGAGGUAUUGUUUUACAUCCCAGCCAUGGAUACAUGUUUUGGACGGAUUGGUCCGCCGAAAAUCCUUCAGUGAAUCGAGCUAAUUUGGACGGAAGUAGCAAUAUGACUCUUUUCGGAAGAGAUACAGUUGAGUGGCCUAAUGGUAUUACAAUCGAUUAUUUCGCCAAUAGAUUAUACUGGGUAGAUGCCAGAUUAGAUUACAUAGGAAGCUCAGAUUUACAUGGUGAUGGUUUCGUAAAAGUAGUUUCAAAUACCGACGUAGUUUCUCAUCCAUUUGCCAUAGCUGUCUUUAAAAGUAAUAUGUACUGGGACGACUGGAAGCGAAACUCUAUCUUCAGUUCAGAUAAGGACAAUUUUAAGGGCGUGCAAGUAAUAUUAAAACAGAUGGCAGGUCUUAUGGAUCUUAAGGUAUUUGCACAUGGAAUCCAAAUAGGCACAAAUGCUUGUACCAAUACAACAUGUCCAUAUAUUUGCGUCGGAUUACCGAAGAACCAAAAAGCAUGCCUUUGUCCUGAUGGAUUGACAAUGAAGAACGGCAAAUGUAUGUGUCCAGGAAACAUAGAACCGUUAGCCAACUUUACUUGCCCAAGCGUUGGUAAUAGUUGCAGUCCCGAGCACUUUACAUGCAGCAAUCACUUGUGUAUCCCUAGAGGAUGGAAAUGCGAUGGCGAAAACGAUUGUGGCGAUAAUUCAGACGAAUUUCAGUGUAGUACACAAACCUGUCCGCCUUCAUUCUUUGUUUGUGGAGAUGGCAAGUGUUUGCCUAAUUAUUGGAGAUGUGAUUAUGAUACAGAUUGCGCUGAUGGGUCCGACGAAGCUAAAUGCCCUCGUCAAAACUGCACUGAAGGACAAUUUGAAUGCGAAAACGGAAGAUGUAUAUCUUCAAAAUGGCGAUGCGAUGGCGAAAAUGAUUGUAGAGAUGGAUCAGACGAGAGAAAUUGCAAUGAUGGAAAACCCAUCAUUUGUAAAAACGACGAAUUUCAUUGUACUAGCGGUGGAGUAACUUGCAUACCUACAACUUGGAAAUGCGACGGAGAACCUGAUUGUACCGAUGGUUCUGAUGAAUCUUCGUGUUCUAACAAUACCUGCAACGAUUCGCAGAUGUCAUGCGGACUCCCAACGAAUCGUUGUAUAUACAAAACUUGGAUAUGUGACGGCGACAAAGAUUGCUUGGAUGGAAGAGACGAAGCGAAUUGCACUUUUAAUCACUCCGACAUACCGAAGCGUCCGGAUGAAUUUCAGAGUAGGAAUGGCACAUGUCACGAUCCAUGGAUGUUCCAGUGUAGAAACCAACGUUGCAUACCUUUCUGGUGGAAAUGUGAUGGCGCAGACGAUUGCGAGGAUAAUAGUGACGAGGUAGGCUGUUCAUAUCCACCGUAUCCGCCUAUUGACAAUCCGACAACACAAAGACCCAAUACCACAUGCGAAAGCAAUCAGUUCCAGUGUGAUAGAGGUGAUUGUAUCUUAGCUUCUUGGGUAUGUGACGGCAUGGAAGACUGUUUCGGAGGUGAAGACGAAAAAAAUUGUGACUCCUCCGUAAAUUGCUCCCGAUCUCAAUUUAAAUGUCAAAUCGACGGUAGUUGUAUUGCGGCAACUGCUGUUUGCGAUGGUCAUUUUGAUUGUCCUGAUAAAACGGACGAAUUGUCUUGUGAUGACAACUUACCUGAUGGACCUGGUGCUCCUAGUUGUAGCUUUGGAAUGUUUCCAUGCGACGAAACUUGCUAUCCAUUAUACCUUCUUUGUGAUGGAAAAUAUGAUUGUAAAGAUCGUUACGACGAGAAGGAUUGUGCAACAAAAGCAAGAGUCUACCAAAUCAGUCAGAUGGAAGUUGACGAAAGGUUUACAAAUGCUACUUCGAUUCUACUUAAUUGGUGGAUUGUUCGACCUACCGGUUUAGAGCUUGAAUAUGAACCUUCUAUCAGAAAAAUUGGGGAAGACCAUUGGAGAAACGAAAGUUGGACCAGUCAACCCCACCAUCAAUUUACCAACUUACAACCAUUCACCAAAUAUAACAUGACUGUAUAUGUCAGGAUAAAGAAUACACACGUAGUUUUCCCACCGGCAAUAUUUAAUGUUUCUUCCACAAGCGAGUCCAUUCCAAGUGAACCCUGGAAUGUUUCCGCUAGGCAAAGAAAUGGUUCACAUGUAUUGAUAUCAUGGAAUAAGCCACGUACGCCUAAUGGACUUAUUGUUUCCUACGAACUUUGCUGGAUAUUCCCAAAUUCAGCUGAGAUUAGGCUUAAAUUAUCUGGCAAUGAAACCGCACAUAUGCUUUCACAAGACUUUGAUAAUGGACUUAAUUACACCUUCUGGGUAAUCGCUCGUAAUAGAAAAUACGAAAGUAAAAAGUCUCUACCGGCUACAUUAAUAUUUGAUGGAAAAUCAAGUAUAGAAGGUGUUAAAAAUAUUAAAGUAAAAGAAGAAGAUGACACCAUUUCUCUGACGUGGGAUUAUAGUAAAGAAGCAGAAGGAUUUGAUGUAAGAAUCUUUACAGAUAGACCAUAUCCCAAUCUACCUUCUAGAACCACAUCAACUAAAAACAUUACGCUUAAGUUAGCGCCUGGAGUUAAUUAUAGAGUUGGGAUUAACGCAUUUAAAAAGGAUCUUGUUGGACCAACGGGGUACAUCAGUUUUAGGAAAGCAGGCAAUCCUCUACCUGAAAUCGAAUCUUUACAAGUAAUAGUUCUAAAAGAUAUUGGUACAGCUGUGAAGUUGAGGUGGGAUAGGCCAAAGUAUGCGAAGAAACUGAAUUGGUUGUAUGGCGUCUAUUAUGGUAUCAACCACCAGCAGCUCUUUGAAAGUCCUAGAAAUACAACUAUAAAUGAGAGUAUCACAAUAACGAACUUGGAUUCCUGUGAAAACUACGUGUUUUCUGUUGGUUUGGUUGGUCCUAUUGGUUUCGGACCUUUAUCCGGAAAUAUACAACAAGUUAGUACUUCUGAAAAUCCCAGGGCUCCGCCUAAGAGACUUAUGGUUCAAGAAGAUGGAUUUGAUCCUCUUCAGAUGAAAAUAUCUUGGAUACCGCCUUGUCCGUCACGCCAACCAGAGUUUUACAAGAUUCUGAUUACAGAAAAGAGCACAACGCAGACAUAUUUCCGCAAGGCAGAUGGUUCCCAUGCCAACACCUACGUCUUUAAAGUAUUACUUGGUGGAAUUUACGAAAUUAAGGUUGCUACUGACGAACCUAAUGCGAUAUAUUCAAAACCGGUAAAAUAUUCUGCCCCUGCCAUAUCGCCUCCCGUUGAAUUAAGAGUGGCAGCAAGAAAUAAUGGCAGUUAUGUAGUAGAUUGGAAAGGCGCAGACUUAGCCCAGAAUAUCGGAAAGUAUCGAUAUGAAGUCUUAGUACAUGCCGGUAAUACCUUAAACGAGAGCCGCGCGCAGAAGUUUAUUGUGGAUGGACCACCAUUUGUAUACACAAACUCGUCUUCUAAAAUGUACACUUUUGCUGUAAGAAUAAAAUCAGCCAAAGGUCUUAACUCGGAAAUGUCGAAUACCCUGAGUUUAGAAAACCUUAAUGUGCAAGCUCCUCAAAAUAUGACCGCCGUCAUUGUGCCGACCGUUUUAGUCAUUAUUGCUUUAUUAGCCGUUGUUACAUUCCUUAUUGUAAGAAAUAAGAAACUUCAGAGCAGCUUUACGCGCUUCACAAACUCUCAUUAUGAUACCAGAUCUGAAGCAGCCACAUUUGACGACAAUAAUUUAGAAGAAGAUGACAGUCCUCAUAUUAGGGGAUUUGCUGAUGACGAACCCUUAGUUCUAGCGUAA